AUGUGUCCUUACUCCAGAGAGUACUGUGGGCACCACGGGCCCCCGGAUAACGACCAAAACCAAAGACUGAGUAAGAAGCGCUCACCCAGGGAGACGUGGGGGCUGACAGAGGAGGGCCAGGCUGGGGGGGCAGCCACCAGAAAGUGGGAGCAAAGUCUGGAGAGGCGAUUCCCGCACCCAGGAGAGAACGCCGGAGGUCGGGCCUGCGCGGUCCUCCCGGCCGCCGGCCUGGCCGGGCAGAGGUCCUGGAGCCCACGGCGCUCCCUAGUGGUCACCCACGUGGUCGCCGCGCAAACGGUCCUCCGCCGGACGUGCGCUCGCCGGAGCCCAGACCUCUGA